UUCCUUAAAAUCGCAGUGUCUUUAAUUUUAAGUUCAUAUUAAUGAAGUAGGUAACUAUCUCUAUACGAAGUAGUACGUGACGGCAGACGACAGUGACGGAUAAUUAAAAAAGUUUUUGACAAAUAAUACAUUUGACAAGUAAUCUUUCAAAAUGGCGUUGAAGGUGCAAUGCGGUGUUUCCGCGGAAACGCGAAAGCAAGAAUCAUGAUUGAAAAAAGUCAAAUACCUUAUAAAAAAUGAUAUUAACUGUAUAUUGGAAGUGUUUGUUUUAAAAAAUCACCUAUUCUACCCUUGUGAUUUUUAGUGAUCAGCUUAAUUCGUGUUUUUUAAUUAGUAAUGUUGCGAAGAGUUAAUUUUUAUUCAAUAUGCAUUGCUUUCGGUCUCAGUGUUCUAUUAAUUCUUGCUGGAAGUCGAUAUACAGAUAACACUAAUUACCGUCCAGCUUCUGAGGGUCGAAGAAAUAUAAAAAACUUCUUGAAAAUAGAAGACGUGGACGAAAACUUAUUGCAGCCGAUCCCGACAAACCCUUACGAUGGUUCACCUGACAUCGAAAAAAUAUUAGAUAAAACUAGACUUAAAAUUAAACAUGAAUUGUGGGCUUAUAAUUUUAGUAUAUCUGGUGUACAAAAGCUGGAAGAUUUAGUGAUGGAGUCAGGAGGAAGACCUUUAAUAAGUUUGAUUAUAUCUACAUGGAGGUCUGGUACAACAUUUCUUGGUGAAGUUUUAAAUGCCGUGCCAGGAAAUUUCUAUCAUUACGAACCAUUUUUAAACUAUGGAAUUAUACAAAUAAGAGGUACACCAGAAUCUGACAAGGCAUUGAGAACUAUUAAGAAAAUGUUUCAAUGUAACUAUGACGAUAUGGAAGACUAUUUUGACUAUGGAAAAAACCAUUGGCACCAAUUCAGCCAUAACACAAGAUUAUGGGACCAUUGUAAAUAUAAGAAAGAACUGUGUAUUGAUGCAGACUUCACUUCUAGGGUGUGUAGGCUAUUUCCAUUUCAAAGUAUGAAAGUAGUUCGUGUUAGGCUACGUCUUAUUAAACAACUUUUGCAAGAUAAAGAGCUUAAUUUGAAAGUUAUUUUAUUAAUCCGGGAUCCUCGAGGAGUGAUGCAGUCAAGGCAGCACCGUAACUUCUGCCAGCCGGCACCUGAUUGCUGGAAGCCUGAACUGCUCUGUGCUGACAUGAUAAGUGACUAUGUAGCAGCUGGACGUCUCCUACAACAAUAUCCAGAUAAGUUUAUGGCUUUACGUUAUGAAGAACUGGCACUUAAUCCAAGUAGCACAUCAUAUGACCUACUAAAGUUCCUACGUUUGGAUGUAACACAAUCUGUCGAUGAGUUUCUCCAUUCCCACACGAAUGUCGAAGUGGCUGGAGUGAGUUCGACGUUUAGAGUCUCCCGUGAUGUGCCUUUCAGAUGGAGGAAUGUAUUAGAUUUUAAUUAUGUUGAUGAAAUUCAGGUAACGUGCAAGGAAGCGAUGUCUCUGUGGGGAUACCGCAUGGCACAUAACUCGACGCACAUGACAAGCAAAGACUUUAACCCCCUAGAUCAAUAUUCUCUCACUCAGUGAGUUUACUCAAAAAGUUAAUUUAAUUAACUGUUAUAUAUUCUGAACAAAAUAUUGUCAACGUUACGGAUAUUAAUAAUUUUAUAAGAUGAUGCUGCAUUAUUUUCACAUCAGCAAGUAUUUUUAAUCGUCAUUAAUAUAUAUAUAUAUAUUUUAAUUUACUUUCUUACAAGAACAUUGGAAUGGAAGGAAUUCGAAUAAUCCCGUUUUUAUAUUAGAAAAAAAGGCUAAAACCUAAAAAGUUUAAAUUAAAACAAAAAUUGUAAUAAAUUAUAGUUUUAUCUCUAUAUCGAAAUUUUAAACGUAAGUACAUUUAAUUUAAUUAUAUUUCUUUAUUUUAUACAUAAAGUUGAUGUAAAGUUAAUUUUUUAAUGGAGUUUGUUUUUUCAUUCUUCGGUUUGAUGAUCACUGUGAGAGAUUAGCUGGCUAAGUAACCCAAAGAGUUGUAACUAAAUUUGUAAAUUUUACAUAAAUUAAACGAUUUAAUGUGACCAUAUUAUUAUAUACAUAAUACUAGAUUUCGCCCGCCGCGUUAUAUUGAGGAAGGCGUAGGGAAGGAGUAAGUUAUAAAAAAGAAGCAUAUGAAGCUUUAAAGUUAAGGCUCGCAAUUUUAAUAAAAUCGGUUCAGUGGUGUCGCCAUGAAAAACAGACAGUCAAAUCCGCAUUUAUAAUAUUAGUAUAUAUGUCGCGGAUUCAAAUGGAUUGUCAUUUAAAUGGCCGCCAUUGUCGUUCGAUAUGUUGAUUUUAUUAAAUCAGUCAGUGCGCACGUCCGGCGCUGUCCUGAGAGCAAGAGACCAAGGGGGUCGCUCGACAAAAUGAUCACACGCGCUACGAACAUACUCCUUUAUAUUUCCUUCAGUCGGUUACAUAAUAAAAUAGGCACCCGUCUUAUAUUUUUCACACUUGACGUCUGACAACCAACCAACCUACAUGACAUACAUCACGUUGUGUGGUGUUGCUGUUCUAAUAAGUGACGUCGUAUACCCGCUUAAAUUUAUUAUCUUUGACAUAUAUAUAAAAUAAUGAACCACUUGACAUUCAAUAUACAAGAAGGAAUUUGUAAUAUAAGUUCUUAAUUAAAUCAAUGGUAUAAAAGAGACAAGAAAGUUUUGAACUUUGUCCAUUCGCAAGCCUGCCAACAUAAUUUGAAUUAAAAUAUUAUUAAAUAAAAUGUAUAAUUUGACAAUAUAUAUAUUAAUAUCAGGAUCUAUGGCUAGUUUAGCCGGCUAAUCGAAAACUAUAAAUAUAACCUUAAGUUCUAGAAGGUACUAGAUGAUUUUCAAAUUAUAAUAUAUGUAUAAAAAAAAAGAUAAUAAAGAUUAUAGUUAUAGUGAUUAGUGAGCGUGGAUCGUGUAAACGCAACGGGUGUGUUAUAUCAAAACGCAAAAGACGGACCAUUAGGUAAUAAAAAAACCUCGGAACAAUAAAUAUUGAGGUGAUUUUUAAUAAUAACUCAAUUUGAUUGUAAUAAUUUUCACCUCUUCCACUAAGCGUUUCUAUAUAGGCUUUAGAACUCGUUAAUUUUAGCACUCACGGAAUUGAAUUAUCAAUGCUUCCAUUUAGACACUAUUGUUAAUAGUUUUAUAUAUAUGUGAGAUGGAUCCUGCUUAUGUAGUUAACUUUUAACAUAACCGAAUUAGUUCUAACAAUACAUACACCAAUAUAUUAUUAUUAUUAAAGUAAAUAUAUUAUACAAUAUUUUACAUAAGCAGGGACCAUCGAACCUUACAUAAGUCUUCGCUUUAGCACAUGACAAUUUAGGCUUUAAUGCGAUGCGAUGUCGCUCCAGUGAUUUUUAAUAUAAACGCUAUAACACCAAACGAUAAUUAACGCAGUAAAACGAGUGCCUCUUUAAGUGUAGCGAACGUGCACGUUCAAUGCAUUUGUAUGUUUACAUUUUGAACGCCUCAGUACAUAUAUUAUUUUGUUGUAAAACUAAUAGGAAUUAAUGUUUUUUUCUCUAAUAUUAGACACGUUACAUUCUAAAAAUACGAUAACAGAACUCUUUCCCAGUAAUAUCGAUUGUAUAACAUAAAAAGUUAAAAUUAUUAUGGACUAAAAAUAUAGGUUGAGGUUGGGCUUGUUUUACUAAGCAUUCUCAUUGAAAGAUAUAAAUUUCUUAAUUAAUAACAUCCUUGCAAAUAAUAAUUAAAAAGUAAACAAUAUUAUAAAUUCAACCGUCACUUGAUAAUAGCUAUUGUUUUUUUUUUUUGUUUGAUUGUUUCCUCGUGGAAAAGGCAAAGGUGCCAUAAAGUCGUCAUAAAUAUUGAAUGGAAAUGUUAAUUAUAAUUAUCUUUCUCACUAUUCAAUUUACUCAUGUUGUAAUUUCUGAAAUACACACGGCGCCAUCUUUGAUACAUAUUCGUUCAAGAUGUAUUUAAAACAUAUAAACUAAAAAAAAGGUUCGUAUCAUGUAUGUAAUACUAUUUUAGAAUGUGACGUGUCUGAAAAUAAAUUUUUAUCAUUUUUACAAUGAUAUUCAAAGACUAAUUUUAGCACGUGGCGUGCACAUUCGUGGCUUAGACUAAUCUCUAGAUGCACUCUGCGUAGCUCCUAGUAGCUUAGAAUGUACACAUAUACAAUUGAAUCAAUUUUAUAUACAAGGAAGGGGUACGUUUUUGGGUAAAUGUAAUCUCCGUCCAUAAUGAAGUUAUUGAACGUGACAAAUAAACCCCAGAAUAUUGAUAACUCGUUACGCAGUUCAACCAAUCAAAAUCCUUUUAACAAUUACCAUAGAUAAUAUAAUGCGAUGAUUCCUAUUCGGCGUCAUUUUUGACUGUCAAAUUAUAGAACUAAUAUUUUGAUUCUGUCCUUACUCAGAACGAAUUAAAGCGAAAUUAAAGGAUUUUGAUUGAAAUAUUACUUUAAUAUGAAGUCAAUACUCAAAAUAAUUUGGCUAAUUAUUUAUUAAUUGGCUACCUUUAAUAAAUAUAUGAAGUGAAACAGACAAUUGUUAUCACUUUAUCGAAACAAAAAAUCUCGGAGAACACAAUCUCAUUUUUAUUAAAUUCUCUAUUAAGAGAAAAAAAAAACAUUAGUCUAUGAAAAAGUCCGUUCGACUUUAUUAGGUUCAUUGAAUCGAAUGCUUAAUAAUGUUUCACGGUGACAAAUAAUCCUACAUUUACAAUAAAGCAUACUGUUUUUUACAUAUUAAUACGUUAUGCUCAGAUAUCAUAUCUCGACGCCUAUACGCGUAUACGUACUCGAUAUUAGCACUAGAAUUGGACUGUCAUUGGUCAAGCGUAUUUUAUAUGAAAUAUAAUUUUAUUUCAUUAGACAUAAGGACGCUGUAAUAAAAAUCGAACAAACUGAACUAUAGUGUAGUGAGAAAUCUCUAAGUGCACUUGAUUAUAAGGCAGUAAUUAGAUAUUUAAAUAAAUUGAAUAAUGUUUAGGGAAGUAAAUUAGACGAGAGAGAGAACUAGAAGCACGCGUAGAAAUUUUCGAAGGUUGAUGGUUUUAUGCAAUAAGUAUUAAGUACAGUUUACUGAAUAUGAAAGCUUCAUACAUGGGAUUUCAACUAGGGAUUGUUUAAAUGUGUGAUAUAUUAUUAUUUUAUAUGUGGUAACAUUGUGCUAAAAUAUUUUAAUUAUCUCUAAGUAAAAAACUAUAAGGUUAUGUGUAAUAUUUUAUUUUUUCUCAUAUAACGAGAUCUAUGUUCUUAAUUUACAUGUAUCAAUUUAAACAUAGAAUUAGUCUAUUUUUCUUAAACAAAGGAGUUUUUUUUUCUGACAAAUACUAUUUUAUUUUAAGUCAAACAUUCUACAGCCUAAAAUUAUAUACUGAUAUAUUGGAAUUAUAGUACUAUUGCAAUAAUUUCAACUAUUAAAUAUACGUAAUUAUGAUAUUAUUAUUUUAAUCUAUAUUAUAACAUAUCUGCAUGUAUUGUGUCAGUUUAAUUUAUACAAUUUAAGCACAGCGCAUUCAAGCGCUGUUUUAUUCAAACAUUUAUACGUAAAAUUAAAAUAAGAACAUGUUUUAUUGUGCAACUUUGCGGGGCGUAUUAUAUUUAUAAUUAUACACGAAUAUUUUUUUUGUUAAAAGUACUAUGAGCUUUAAAAGUAGCGUACAGCGUACACGCCAUUCCAUUACAAUUUCGAAUGGCUACUAAUGACUUGAAUUGUUAUUAUAAAUAAGUUUUAUUAUAAAUUAUUGCAGUAUUUGUAAUUAAUACUGCGAUAAUUUAUAAUAAUUUAAUUGGUUAAAAUGUAAACCGUAAGUCAAUAAACGUCAUCAAUUACUAAUUAAGAAACAUGCUUCCUGAUAGAUCUGACAAUAUGAUAUUAUGUUAUGCCUUAACGAAAUAUUUGUAGUUUUACUAAUAAGAUAUAUUAAUUGCAUGCUAGUUAUUAGGGGACAUUAUAUUAACAUGAUAAAUUAUUUGUAAUUAUAGAGGCUCUGUCUCAUAAAAAUCACAGUUACAUGAGACAUUUCAUACGCACAAUUUUGAAUGUUAUAUUAUAUAGAUUAUAGAGGAGCUUAGACCAUAGAGUUAGGAUAUAUUUUAGCAAAUCGAAAAGUAAUAAUUUGUUUUUUGAAAUUUUCUAUUACGUUGUCAUCAACUUUUUUUAACUCUGAAUGAUGCAUACAGACAAAAUGUAUUCGUAGAAAUAGACUGUUCACAGAACUCGUUAUAUUGAAAAAGGAGGUACAUACUUUAAUUGCUCAUAUUUACAUAUUUUAAAUAUUUAAUUGCGAUUACGUUUACUACGUCACAAAAAAAAAAUUAUAUGAGUAUUAUAUUUAUUUGCAAAAAAUGGACUCGGUCCGUGAUAAUUGUUUAUUUUUAUGACCAGAGCCGUGGCGACUGGCUGGUACCAGUGUAGAUUUUGUAUCAUAUCAUUAUCAUAUCAAAAUAUAAACAAAUAUAUAAAACAUUAUAUUCAUGUAAUGUAUGCUUAAGCUUCGAGAACGUUUUAAAAAUAAGAUUUUAAAUGUUUAAUUGUUUUAUGUUUUGGAAUAGAUUGCUUGUUUUUAUUUUAAAAAUAAGUGUGACAUGAUUUAAAAAGUGAUUACUUAAUUUGUUUAUGUUUAAUUAAAAGAUUUUGAUGUAUUUAUUUAGCAGUAUUGCAUAAUAAUUUUACUUUAUCCUAAGUCAAUUUUAAUUAUAUGAAAACUCGAAAGCAAUAAUAGAAUUGGAUCUGCAUUGUACCACGUGACGUAUUUAGGGUGGAAGGUAGAGUUAAGGGUAGCCUUAUUAGAAUAAGAAUAAUGAUUGGUUGAUAAAGAAUGUUGAAUUUUACUCGUAGACGAUAGCACGGCCAGCGUUAUUAUCGCAUUGUAUAAUUUUUAUUUCAAGUUAAUAAAGGUUACUAGUCUAAGGUCAGACUGAA